AUUUUUUCCCAAGCUUCUAAACACGUGUGGGGAGCAGAAGAGUGUGUUGUUCACACAGUUUAAGCGUCAAAAACCUCAUCUGCUGCUUCUGUGAAAACAUCUUUAAAAAUGGCAAAAAGCCUUCGGAGUAAAUGGAAGCGAAAGAUGCGGGCAGAGAAAAGGAAGAAGAACGCUCCAAAGGAGCUGAAUCGUCUGAAACAAGCUCUGACCCUCGAUAAGAAAGGAGAAGUCGUCAUGACCGACAUGCAGGAGAUCGCCACAGUGGUGCCAGCUGAGAAGAUAAAGAAGCAGGCCGAUGUUAACAUGGAGGAGGCAGAGCCUGAUGAUGGGAAGAUGGACAUGGACAGCAAGCGCAACAAGAAAACUCUUCUGGAUGAACAUGGACAGUAUCCGGCGUGGAUGAGCCAGCGGCAGGCCAAGAAAAUGAAGGGCAAACGAUUGGGAAAGAAAGGUGGCAAGGGCAAGAAGAAGAAGAAUGUUGCCUGGUAAACCAAUAAACGGGAAGACCGUAAUUUUAGCUUAAAGACUCUGGAAGCUGAAACACAGCAUCCUUUUGUGAUAAGUGUUGUGUUUCUUAAUUAAAUUUCAUUGUGUCUGGUGGAUUUGAAGAUUCCCGGGCUUUGCCACAGAGCCUGAGAUCGUACAAAAGUUCACUGCAGAAACUGGUUUGUUCUCAUGGAACAGGAAAACCCUCUCUGACUUGAGAUCAGAGGACAGAAAACGUGUGUGUAGUGUGUCUGACUGCAGAAAUGUGAGUGGUGCACGUGUAUUCUCUGCCGCAAGUUAAAAGUCUCUAAACUCCCAUAAAAAAACCUGUCCUAUGA